AGGUGCCUAGACACUAUGAUGAUCCAGGGAAAGGCAACUAUUGGAUGAUGGAUCCAUCCUCAGAUGACGUCUUUAUCGGAGGAGCCACUGGAAAACUCCGGAGGAGGUCGUCCUCUCACUCCAGACAUCGCCUUGUGGCCAUCAAACGCAUGGGCCAUCCACUUGACGGGCUGCCCGGGUUUUUCCCACCACCACCGCAGCAUCGCUUGACCGCCUUCCAGCUGGCUUUCAGCUCAGCCUACCACGUCCCUGUCCACGCCGACGUGAUGGCCUGCCCACAACACCAAUCUCAGAGCAUGCGCUCGCCAUUUACAUCGGGGAUUCCCCUAACGUCAUCAGUCUGGCCCAUGCCGCCUCCUGUCUAUGCACCUCACCACUAUGCCAACUCCUUUCAAGCCAAUGAGUACACCAGUACGCUUCGAACACCAUCCCCUAAUGACAGGGAUAGCCUGUGUAGCCCCUACGACCAUAAUCAUCCUGCUGGUCAGUCGAAACACAUUCCUACAUUCACAGAGGCGUACCAUCAACCCUCUUCCGGCACUCUGCACCAGCACAGUGCAUUCAGUCUUGCCACCGCGCACCACAUAGAUUACCGUGUACCGUCUCCCGUGGCAUUCAGCAUGGACAUGUACGCCAGACUCCGAGUCCUGGCAGAAGUUCGCCAACAUAUGGCGUCAGCUUGGAGCUCCAUGACGCAGGGUCCCUUUAUCACCGGAUUACACCACGACCCUGCCAACCUGACACCGAAAUCUGGCCUAGAAGCUAGAUCAAGUGACACGUCUGCUUUAAUCACGUCCCCUAACUCUCCGUUCACACCAGUCGUUCCAAGCACCAGGUCCGCGUCAUGAGUGUAGCUCGAGUUAAGUUCUCAUUAAGUCAAUAAAUUUCAC